UUUCGAAGUGGUCACGUGAUUGGUCAGCUUGACAUGCCCAUGAUAACUGCGCUGAAUCACUGCUUUAAUUCGCGUUGGAUGCGGCCAGACGUGACAUCAAUAUGAGGAACAAUCCCUUCCCUUUUGGGCUUUUGUUGUUCGCGUAUGGUGUGUUCGGUGCUGAUGGAGUGAAGUCAGUGUCAGUGUCAGUGAUGGUGGGAGAUUCUGUCACUCUACACACUGGUGAUACUAAAACACAGAGAGUUCUGGAACUGGUGUGGAAGAUUCAAGGCGAAAAUAAAUUCAUGGCAGAGAUUGAUAAAGAAAUAAAUAAACUAUCAGUACCAGGGAAUGAGGAGGAACCAUUCAGAGGCAGACUGAAGCUGGACAAUCUGACAGAUUCUUUGACCAUCACAAACCUCAAAACAGCAGACUCUAGAGUUUAUGAACUACAGAUCAAGACCACAAAAGAGACCAAAUCCAAGAUAUUCAAUGUUGAUGUCAGUGAUGAAAUGAAGACAGUGUCCGUGAAGGAGGGAGAACCCGUCUCUCUUCACACUGGUCUAAUUGAAAUAAAGGAUUAUGAUCUGAUAUUGUGGACAUUUGAAAACCAUCUCAUAGCUAAAAUAAACAGAGCUACCAAUCAGUUUUCAUUAUUCAGUGUUGAAGGGAAAUUUGAAGGCAGACUACAGCGAGUGGAUCGAAGUGGAUCUCUCAUCAUCAGUGACUCCAGAAUCACAGACACUGGAGAUUAUCAUCUACACAUGAGCUGCAGCACAUUCACCUUACAGAGGACCAUCAGAGUUACUGUCACUGAUUCAGGACUGUCUCCGGGUGUUAUAGCAGGAAUAUGUGCUGCUGUUGUUGUUGGGCUGGUGAUUCUGAUUGGUUGCUACUGCUGCUGUAAAAGCAAGAAAUAAACACUGUAAGAAAAAAGUCAGAAACUCUGCUAAACCACAAAAAAGUAUAGUAUAGUACAGAAGACUACAAAGCUGCAAUAUCAAUCCUUCAAGCUAAACAUUUUGCUUUUGUGAUGUUUUCUGUAAUAUCUGAUCACAAGUGAAAAGUUCAGUUCUGUUUUCCCAUUUAACUUAAUUUUCUCAAGUUUUGGAAAGUUAUGACUUUGUUUUUGUGUAGCUCUAGAUAAUGUGAUUCUUUCUGUUGUCUUACAGUUGACCGGAAUGGUCAACGGAAUGGAACACAAACAUAUGGAGAAGCCUGUCUUUGCAAGUAAAUAACCACUUUAUCAACUGUUUAGAAUAAGAUCUGUGCAGCGGAUGAGCUGUGUAAUUGUAAAAAAAAAAAAAAAAAUAAUAAUAAUACGGUGCAUUGUUUAGUUUAAUUUACAGCUGAUGGAACAGUUUGCAUUGCACGUGAUCAUGGUAUAGCCUACUUAAUCUGAAUUUAAAUAUUACAGUUCUUAAACGUAGUAUUUGUCUGGUCCAGUGUAAUUUGAUAUUCUACAUAUCGUGUAAGAUGUAUUUUCAGGGUGUCGGCAUGGUCUUAAAAAGUAUUAAAAGUUGAUAAAUCAAUUUAGAGAAAAUGUACUUAAAGUAUUUAAAACAUAUUACAUAAUACAUAAAGUAUUUAAAAAGUAUUUUAUCCAAAGCGCAUAGUGGGGUUCUGUGUAGUUUAUUUGUGGAAUCCCGCAAUAUUUGAUGUAUUCUGAUCUGUUACAGCCCACUGACUGAAUGCGCUGCUGCGUGAUAGCGCGGGGUUGAUCCCGCUCUCGCUGAAUGUGUGAUUAUUACCACAUGCUCGCAUCCGUUCCUGCGAUUUAGAUUUUUCAGUCCGCUCUCGCAAACAUUCUAAUAUUGUAUUUAAUUUUCACGCAUCAGGGCGCCCUUAUCAAUAUGAGGGGUAUUUAAAUCCCUUUGAAAUAAGCGCAGUAAGUUCACUUUCAAUUUCGCGAGCGUGAGCGUACUGUGUAAAGCAGGGGUCAGCAAAGGCACGAGUGCCAACAGUGGCACGCAGAUUGUUGGGAAAGUUGGGAAAACUGAUGUACAUUUUGAGGUAAUCGCUUCUCUUAGUCACACAGCAGCUAUAAAUAUUAUUAAAGUGUGAGAAUUAAGUCAAAAUGACUGAGAUGGCCCAUAAAAUCAAAGUAGGCGGGGUUUACCGUUCACAGAAGCAGUGCGCGAAGCGUACAGUUUAAUAUUAAAGAGAACGAGGUAAG